AUGGUUUUAUCUAGCCUUAGGAAUAAAGCUACACCUCCCAAUAUCGACUUUUAUCCUCCCCCUGAGCGAUUCUGUACUCCUUUCUAUCUUUUCUUCCUCUUCUUCCUCUUCUUCCUCUUCUUCCUCUUCUUCCUCUUCUUCCUCUUCUUCCUCUUCUUCCUCUUCUUCCUCUUCUUCCUCUUCUUCCUCUUCUUCCUCUUCUUCCUCUUCUUCCUCUUCUUCCUCUUCUUCCUCUUCUUCCUCUUCUUCUUCUUCUUCACUUCUUCACUUCUUCAUCCUUCCUCUCUUCUGCUACAUUUUGGUCUUGAGGUUCAAAGCCCCCACGAUCAUUAUGGAUCGUCUGCAGCAAUGCUUAGAUGUAACACAUCUUGUUUUCGAAAUGACCCCAAAGACCUACCAACUAUCUGCUGUGUGUCCAGCUUCUGCAAUGCGGUUUCUUCCCGUUUCCUCUACCGAUCUGUCGCUUUAGGAUCUGAAGCCGCCCUCAGUGAAGUGCGUGACAUUCAGCUCUCCAUUGCUGCCGAUCGUGGUAAUCGCGAGUGUGUCCUCUCUGCAAACUUCCGCCGCGCGGUUUCUCUCUCUCAACUCGGUGACCUAGGCGACGCCGCUUUUCUGUUCACAGAACUGGCGCAGUCAAUCAAGAAUGAGCAGGUCUGGAUAAUGGCUGGAAAUGGGGCUUCGCAACAGGUGUAUGCCAACCUCAACUACUGCUCAAAUGUCUGCUGGAAUUUGAAGCAAACCCCAACAGAGAACUUGUCAGGGGACUGA